AUGUCGGAUGAUAGGAAUAAUGAGAGGACUCCCCUUAUUCAAAUAGGAAGACAAAUUGAACCAAAGAAUUGUCGUGAUACAUUUUGCUCGUGUCUAUGUAUCGUCCUACUUAUCGGAACAAUCGUGGUUCUUUCUUUCACUGGUGAGACGCCUGAACUUGAUUUACCAGUAGAUAUUUCGCAAAUUCCAAAAGCAUAUCAGCUUCGACCAAACCGGUACUUUUAUGUUAUUGAAUCCCUUCCCGUUGAGUUUGAUAGUAUCACCAAUGACAGUAUAACCAAUUAUACUUCUACAACAAACUCAAUGGAUAAUUUUGAAAAGGAGUCUUUCUAUGAACCAGGUGGAGUAUUUAAAAUAGCGGAAAUUAUCCCAAUACCCAAAUUUUGGACAUCUGGAUUGUAUGAAAUUCGAGAAUUUCGAUACUUGCCUGAUGGAAAUGCUACUAUGGUAUCAACAGUAAUUUCAAAAUUUGAAGGAUUUUGGACAAACUCAGUCAAAAUUCAGUUUACCGCAGCAUAUAAUGAAAGUUUAGAUCCGUCAGUACUUGAAAAUUGUGAAUAUAAAGUUAUUCGAAACUUUUUCUUAAAUGGAUUUAUUCAACGACGAUGUCCGCACGAGGAAGAAUUUUACGAAGUUGCUUUUGUUCAAGGAGCUUUUCUCUCCGAAUGGAAGUUUUUGUCUUUAAACAAAAGUGUUGAAUUUGGAGAAAUAUCUAAAAUGGAUGUCUGGAAUAAUAAAAGAGAUGUCACUGUAUACGAGUACGCACCAUAUCCUCCAAUUAUUCCGGCAAUAUAUGCUGUAUAUCGUGAUUUGCUGGAAAGUGGGUUUAAAGCAUAUGUAAACACUAGGUAG